GGUCACGUUAACGUAAUAAAUACUUGUACUAGGAAUUUCAUAACUUCGAGCUCAUUUGUAUUUCGAAUGCCUCCAGGGUGCAGUGCAGUCUGUCUCAGCCACUACUGGAUGCACGAGCUAUUACGACUGAUGGUGCCACUAUCCGUCGCUGAAACGUCACUUAAAUCGAAGCAUUCGGUCCCAGAGUAAGGCGAGAGCACUCCCACAGCACCUUGCACGUCCCUGGUUCAUUCAGCUUAAACUGCAGCUUUCAGUGCAUGGUAUUGUUCGAACAUGCCCGCACGCUGCCAGCCGCGCAUCCGGAGUCGCCAGCCUCCAAAGAUGCUUCAUUUGUCGCUGUUAUUCGCCUGCGCUAUGACAGCCGUCGCAGUGGAAAGCAGUAAAUCACCGCCCCAUAUCGUGUUCAUCCUUGCCGACGACCUGGGAUGGGGCGACGUCAGCUUCCACGGCUCCCCACAGAUCCCCACGCCCAACAUCGACGCACUUGCCAGCACGGGAGUGGUUCUCAACAACUACUAUGUGCAGCCGACCUGCUCGCCUUCCAGGGGAGCGCUCCUGAGUGGCCGCUACUGCAUACACAUAGGUUUCCAGGAGACCCCCCUGCUGCCACGACAACUCGGGGGCCUACCUCUCGACAUCAAGAUCAUGCCCGAAUAUUUCAAGGAGUUGGGCUACGAGCCACACAUCGUGGGAAAGUGGCACCUGGGAUACUUCAGCUUCAACUACACUCCAACCUACCGUGGCUUCAACAGCUUCCUCGGAAUGCACGUCGGUCCGACAGAUUAUUACACUCAUGUGCUGAAAUGGGAUGCCCUUCAGGGCCUUGACUUCUGGGACAACACGGAUCCCCUGAAGACUGAGAAUGGCACAUAUUCGACUACGCUGUUUACGACAAGAGCCAAAUCUAUUAUUGCCAACAGGGACAAAUCAAAGUCAUUGUUUCUGUACUUGGCGCAUCAGGCGACGCACGGCGGCGUCGGCCCAGAACCGAUUGAAGCUCCCAGAGAGAACGUGGCCAAGUUUCCGUACAUCGACGAUGACGUCAGGAGGGUUUACGCAGGAAUGACGGAUGCUCUGGACCAGUCCGUCGGUAUCGUCCUGAAGCGUUGGAAGAGGCGUCCAUGCUGCGCGACACCAUCAUUGUUUUCAGCAGCGACAACGGCGGUGCUCCGACGGGCCCCGUCUCCAACGGGGCAUGAAUUGGCCUCUGCGUGGGGCAAGGGCACCCUCUGGGAGGGCGCAAUCCGUGCGGCCGGGUUCCUCUGGACUCCCGAACUUCUGGACGCACAGCAGGUGCCCACCAGCUGA